AAUUAAAAGAAAAAGAAACGCAACCGGUUUUCCUCUUCAUUUUGUUGGUUUGUGUCCGUUAACCGUUAAUUACUUUUUUUUUUUUUUUAACAUUUCCUCUCUUUGAGAUUGGGCACCAGGGAAAGCUCGCAUAGGAAGGAGAGGGUUGAAACAAAACCGAAAUGGCGAAAUCGAGCGCCGAUGACGAGGAGCUAAGGCGAGCUUGCCAAGCUGCAAUCGAAGGUUCGAAGCAGAAGAUCAUGAUAUCAAUUCGCGUAGCUAAACGCCGCGGGAUAUGGGGCAAAUCUGGCAAAUUGGCCAGCUACAUGGCUAAACCUAGAGUCCUUGCUCUUUGCUGUACGUCUUUUCGAAUUGUGCUAAACACGAUGUUGAACUACUGGCGAAAGAUAGUAAAAUUGUGCACAACCGAUAGGACAGCUCGAAUUCAAGGAAUAAAAACUAUACUUCUUAAAGUGAAAUCAGAAGGUCACAAAAAACAAGCAUUUCUGCGAGUAUUGAAGUAUUCUAGUGGAGGAGUUAUUGAGCCUGCUAAGUUGUACAAGCUGAAGCAUCUUUCAAGGGUGGAGGUUAUAACUAAUGAACCCAGUGGAUGUACUUUUACUAUGGGAUUCGAUAACCUCUCAAGUCAGAGUGUUGCUCCACCUCAAUGGACCAUGCGCAACAUUGAUGACAGAAACCGCAUUUUAUUCUGCAUUUUAAACGUCUGUAAAGAAGCAUUUGGUCGUCUCCCCAAAGUUGUUGGUAUAGAUGUUGUGGAGAUGGCUCUUUGGGCUAAGGAAAAUAAACCCUCAGUUAUUACCCAAAAGAAUCAGCAAGCUGGCCAUGGUCCAGUUUCUACUAGAGUAGCAGAAAGUGACUUGAAGGUGACUGUUGAAAAGUAUCUUAUCUCCACUGCAGAGGAAGACGACAUGGAGGCCCUUUUGGGCAGUUAUGUCAUGGGAAUUGGUGAAGCUGAGGCAUUUUCUGCAAGAUUGAAGCGAGAGCUUCUUGCUCUGGAAGCAGCAAAUGUGCAUGCCAUGUUGGAAAGUGAGCCUUUAGUUGAAGAGGUAUUGCAAGGGCUUGACGCGGCAACUCAUUGUGUUGAUGACAUGGAUGAAUGGUUAGGCACAUUCAAUGUUAAAUUACGACACAUAAGAGAAGAUAUUGAGUCGAUAGAAACUCGUAACAAUAAGUUAGAGAUGCAUUCUGUAAAUAAUAAAGCACUCAUCCAAGAACUUGAUAAGCUUCUUGAACGAUUAUGUGUCCCUUCUGAGUAUGCAACAUGUAUGUCAAGAGGAAAGUUUGACGAGGCUCGCAUGACUCAAAAUAUUGAAGCAUGUGAGUGGUUAACAGGAGCUUUACGGGGCAUUGAAGUUCCUAACUUGGAUUCCACUUAUGGAAACAUGCGAGCUGUUAAAGAGAAGCGGGCAGAACUCGAAAAAUUAAAAGCUACAUUUGUCCGGAGAGCUUCUGGUUUCUUGAUAAAAUACUUUGCCAAUUUGGUGGACUCUGUGAUGAGUGACAAAAACUACUUCUCUCAGCGGGGACAGUUGAAGCAACCUGAUCAUGCUGACUUGCGAUAUAAAUGCAGGAUAUAUGCUCACCUUCUGCAACAUUUAAAGAGUCUUGAUAAAAAUUGCUUGCUUCCUUUGAGGAAAGCUUAUUGUAGCUCCCUUAACUUACUUCUGCGCCGAGAGGCUCGUGAAUUUGCCAAUGAACUUCGUGCCAGUACAAAAGUAUCAAUAAGUCCAACUACUUGGCUGGAAGGUUCCCCAGGUGGCAAUCAAAUUGGGAAUAGUACAGACACUUCUGCACUCUCCGAUGCUUAUAUCAAAAUGUUGACGAUUUUCAUUCCAUUACUUGUAGAUGAGAGUUCUUUCUUAGCACACUUCAUGUGCUUUGAAGUUCCUGCACUUGUUCCCCCAGGAGUUGGUGCUAAUGGUAAUAAAAGAGGAUCCAAUGAUGAUCUGGGAAUUAUGAACAUGGAUAGCAAUGACAGCAAGGCCGAUCUGCAAUCAUUAAAUGAAUCACUUCAAGAUUUGCUUGAUGGAAUUCAUGAAGAUUUUUACGCUGUAGUGGAUUGGGCAUACAAGAUUGAUCCUUUACGUUGCAUAUCGAUGCAUUUGAUAACAGAGCGCUAUCUAUCUGGCCAGCAAGCUGAUGCAGCAGGAUUUGUACGUGUCUUGCUUGGUUACCUAGCGUCAAAAAUUUCUUUGCAGUUCAACCGGUUUGUUGAUGAGGCUUGUCAUCAAAUUGAAAGAAAUGAGCAUAAUGUGCGUCAAAUGGGAAUCUUACCAUACAUACCUCGCUUUGCAACUCUAGCCAUCCGCAUGGAACAGUACGCCCAGGGACAAUCUAGGGACUUGGUUGAUCAGGCAUACACAAAACUUGUUAGUAUUAUAUUUGUGACUCUCGAAAAAGUUGCACAAACAGAUCCCAAAACCUACGAUAUAUUUCUUUUGGAAAACUAUGCAGCAUUUCUAAAUAGCUUGUAUGACGUAGCCAAUUUUGUGCCCACCUUAGCCAAAUUUUAUCAACAAGCAAGUGGAGCUUAUGAGGAAGCAUGUAUGCGUCAUAUCAACAUGUUAAUACAUUCUCAAUUUGAGCGACUUUUCCAGUUUGCUCGGAAGAUUAAGGAUUUAAUGUUUACAGUUUCACCGGAAGAGAUACAGUUCCAGCUUGGAUUGUCUAAAAUGGAAUUCCGGAAGAUGCUAAAAUCCAGUUUAUCUGGGUUUGACAAGUCUAUCGCUGCAAUGCAUAAGAAGUUGCAGAAGAGCUUAACAUCCCAGGAAUUGUUACCCUCCUUGUGGGAAAUGUGCAAGAAAGCAUUUAUGGACAAAUACGUUGGCAUCACCCAACUUGCAGCCAGAAUUUACCCGACGGAAAGCAUCCCUUCGGUCAGCGAGAUAAGAAAUCUUCUUGCUUCCUUGUAAAGGGUAAGAAUUCCCCCAGUACAAAAUCCAUUUUUGUGCUUCUAUUUGGAGUCGAUAACUGCUGUAUUAGCUUUUGCUUUAGAUCUAUAUACCUAUUAAAGGACUUUCUUGAUGACAGGUGGCACACACCCACCAUUCUUUUUUAUUAUUUUCCAUUUUUAUAAAAUGGUUUAAUCCUUUAAUAUAUAAACUUUGUAUUCAA